AUGUUCAAUUUCUCAAGUUUUGUGCAGAAGGCUCAAUCAUUCAUUGACCCAACUCAAGCUCUCAAUAUUUCUGCUUCUGAUCGAAACCCUGCCAAAUCUACCCUUUUCCGCAAUCAAUUCAGAUUACCAGAUUCCCAAACCCCUCUACAGGAAAUCACCGCCGAACUUACAAUAGCCCCACCGAAUCAAUACUCACCAAAUGCCACACAAGGAGAGAAGGAUAAGGAUAGGGAUAGAGGCUUUCAUUAUGCUGGAAAGUUGCACUUGAGUGAAGCAUACCUAUGUUUCUCAACACAACCUACAAGUUUUCUACAAACAGCAAGUACGGGUAUAUCUUCCGGAUUCAAUGGACAAACCCAUGGUGCUGGACCUGGAGGAAAUGGGUUUACUUUGCCUUUAUGUGCCAUAAGGCGAGUUGAACGGCUUCAUAGUCAAUCCUACCAGUUCGCCCUAGCUAUUACUACCUGGAAUGGAAUCGCAAAUACACCAGCAAAAGAUGGCUCGAAACAACCCUCAUAUCAACAAAAAAUUACAGUAAAUCUUGCUGGAACGCGCCAAACCUGCGAAAGGUUUUGCGAUGGGUUAAAGAAAGGACUGAAAUCAGGAGUGGGUGACGUUGCGAAGAUGAAACGUGUUGUCGCAGAGUGUUAUUCUGAAUAUCUUCUACAAGGCGACAGUAAAACGGGCGACAUUCCGGAUGCGGGACUUGGAAUGUUAUUCAGGUAUCCUGGUGAUGUUCGAAAAUUACGGGACAAAAGCAAGAUGAGACUAUGGGGGGAGUAUCUUCGAGAGAAUGGGCGAAACGUUACAUUGAUACGCCAGCCUACAUUUCAUAAGUUGAUUCGAGUUGGUUUACCGAACCGAUUACGAGGAGAAAUAUGGGAACAAACAUCCGGAUCGUUAUUUUUGCGCUUGGAAAAUCCGACGCUAUAUACAGACACCUUAGCGAAGUUUGAGGGACGAGAGUCCCUUGCGAUUGAUGAAAUAGAGAAGGAUCUCAAUCGAAGUUUACCUGAAUACCCUGGGUUUCAGAGUGUGGAAGGUAUUGAUCGAUUGCGGCGAGUUCUCACAGCAUAUAGUUGGACCAACGAAGAAGUCGGAUAUUGCCAGGCCAUGAAUAUCGUUGUGGCAGCACUCUUGAUCUAUAUGUCUGAAUCGCAAGCUUACUUCCUUUUAUCUGCGCUUUGCGACAGGUUAUUACCCGGAUAUUACUCACAAACCAUGUACGGCACUCUACUAGACCAGCGCGUGUUUGAGUCUUUAGUAGAGAAGACUAUGCCAAUAUUAUGGGAUCAUUUGGUUAAAUCCGACGUCCAGUUAUCAGUCGUUUCUCUUCCUUGGUUUUUGUCUCUGUAUAUUAAUUCUAUGCCUCUCGUAUUUGCAUUUCGUGUUUUAGAUGUUUUCUUUCUAGAAGGACCAAAGGUUCUGUUUCAGGUUGGGCUCGCCAUUUUACGCAUAAACGGAGAAGAUCUUUUAGACGCUACUGAUGAUGGCGCUUUCAUUUCUGUGCUGAAAGGUUAUUUCUCGAAACUCGAUGAGUCUGCGCAUCCAAAAUCCGAGAACGCCAAAUUACGAGCUGUCACGAGAUUCCAGGAGUUGAUGGUUGUUGCUUUCAAGGAAUUUUCGGGAAUCACACAAAAUACCAUUUCAGAGCAACGCAUGAAUCAUAAAGAUGCUGUCUUGAAUAGUAUUGAAAGUUUUGCAAAACGAACUUCGAUACGAAACUUAGGCCCGGACAGCAAGAAGUUGAGUGUUGAGGAGUUGGGUGCUUUGUAUGACAGGUUUUAUGGUGUAUUAUAUGAGAGACAGCAAAGAAAUCAGAUGAUACAGGAAGAAAAAGAAAGGAGAGCAAAAGCCAACAGAGCCAGCGUUAUUUCUGGCUUAGGAGAGAAUCAAAAUAUUGAAAAAGGUAGGGUGGGACUUGGUCCAAGUCCUACUUUGAUGGAUUAUGAUUGCUUCCGAGAAUUCCUUGCCGGUAUAACUAGAUGGGCUGUAUCCGAUUCGCCAUCACCACAAGAAAAGGAACUCGAGAAGGAGAAGCAUUCCUACUUUGGCAAUUCUUUCCGUCGUAAAGAUAUUUCACUUUCGCCUUGGGGCUUUGGUAAUCCCGAACCAGCCGAUCACGAAUUCAUGCAACGAUUGUUCCGGAGAUGGGAUGUGGAUAUGAAUUCCGCAUUGACAUUACAAAAUGUUGUAACGGGAUUGGCUCACAUCAAGGGUAAGGGUGAUAUUAUGGGAAGCAUUACUUACUUUUUUGAAUUGUAUGAUGAUGAUGGAGAUGGAAAGGUUGAUAGGGAGGGUAUUCUACGAAUAUCUGAAGCUUUACUAUUUCUCUCUCGAAGAGGUUUAGAUGGAUCUUUAACACCUUCACCAUCUAUGGUUGGGUUGAGUGAAUAUGAGGCUGGUAACCCCGCACAAUUCAAUGGUCCACAUACAACAACACAAGAAAGAUUUUUGAAUAGCGUGAGCGCAUUCAUCAGACGCUGUUUUGAGUAUGCUGAUCCGGAUCAUCCACAAAAUGUUGGAGAUGAGGAGGAAGAUGCUGAAAUUGAGGAAGAAAGCGAAGACAAAGCAGAAGAUGCCUCAUAUGGUACAAAUGGCCUUGCCGAUCCUAACUCAUUUGCUGUUGGUGAUUCGGAUGAUUCGGAUGAAGAAGAAGAAGAAGAUCUCUUAGAUCUCGGUACCGACUCCAAGAAAACCAAAAAGGAAAUUAGUCUUCCAAUUAUUCCUCCACCAUCCAAUAAACCUAACAAUCUUUCGACACCUUCUCGAAGUGUUUCUAAAGCACAAUCAGAACGAGCUAAUGCUGCUCUGGAUCCAUCAAAACCACUUCACAUAACUCUUCCCACUUUCCGUAUGGUUGUUCUGGCCGACGAACUCCUAGAACAAUUCUUCGAAUCUUCAUUCCCAGCUUCCUUCCGUAUCUUAGAUAAGAUGGCCUCAACUUCAAAUGCCACAAAUUCUUCCUCUUCCCUAACCACAUUCACAAGUAUUGGAUUUGGUAAAUCAGCAGCAAAUGCUGCGGCAAAUGUUGUCAGUGGUCCUAGUUCUGCUGGUGUGGUACCACCUUCAAAAGGACUUAGGGGUGUAUUGGAUAAUAUUGUUACUGAUGGAAUGAGAGUCGCUGCAGAGGUUAGGAGAAGAAUGGAUGAAGCUCAAAAGGAAUUGGAAAGGAAUGCAGUUCAUAGACCUGGUGUACAAGAUGAGGAUGAAGAGGAAGAAGAUGAUGGAUUAAGAGUUUCAGGUGGCUAUGGUGGAGAUGCUGAGAGAAGAAGUGUAAGGAGUGAAGAUAGAGAUUUAUUAGAAGGAUUGGAUGCAGAGGCUGGUAGUAUUAAGAGUGGUGUUGAGAAAGUUGAAGCGACCGGGAUACAAAAUAAGAAUGGAGGUUUGAUGCCUAGUAUUUCAGGAGAUUCAAGGAGGGAUAGAAGUUCUAGUUCGGCUACGCAGAAAGUGCUAGAGUUUGAACGGUAG